GAAAACAGGUGCGGGGGGAGAACCAGCGCUUGCGGACCCGGCGCGCCGGUGCAGCACAGGAACAUCAGUGCUAUGGAUUUACAGAACAAUGCCCAGACAGACAGCGAGUCCGAGCUUUACUUCUCCUCCGUCCCGAGAGACCUGCUGUACAAACAGAAGGAGCAGGAGAAACUGUCGGGCGUUGUGAAAAGCGUCCACCGCAAACUUCGGAGAAAAUAUAUUGAAGUGGGUGACUUUGACAAGAUAUGGCGUGAGCAUUGUGAGGAUGAGCAGACUCUGAGUGAGUAUGCCUUUGCCAUGAAAAGUCUUGCUGACAAUCACUGGGCCAAGAAAUGUGAUGGAGAGGGUCGCAUCGAGUGGUGCCGCAGUGUUUGUGAAGAGUAUUUCUUGGAUGGGGGGAUGAAGAAAGCCUUGGAGAAGGAUGAGAAGACAGCAAAGCAUGCUUCAGCUACAAAUGGGACACCUUUAAAUGCUCAACCAGACUACUCUCUGCCCAGUUUUAACUCAAACGUCCGAUUUGGGAAGAUGCGUCUGCUGGAUGUGGGAAGUUGCUUCAAUCCCUUUUUGAAGUUUGAUGAGUUCCUCACAGUAGGAAUAGACAUAGUGCCAGCUGUUGAGAGUGUGUACAAAUGUGACUUCCUCAACCUACAGCUACAGCAGCCCCUGCAGCUGGCCACAGAUGCACUCGAAGCUUUCCUGAAGCAGCUGCGAGGGCCUAUUGAUGCGUUGCCAGCACAGCUAUUUCACGUGGUGGUCUUCUCACUUCUCCUCUCCUACUUUCCUUCUCCAUACCAGCGCUGGCUCUGUUGCAAGAAAGCCCAUGAACUGCUGACGCUGCACGGUCUCCUCCUCAUCAUUACGCCAGACUCUUCACACCAGGGUCGCCACGCACUCAUGAUGCGUAGCUGGCGUGUGGCUGUGGAGUCGCUGGGCUUCAAACGCUACAAGUACGUCAAGUUCUCGCACAUGCACCUAAUCGCCUUCCGCAAAGUGUCAGCCACCACCACGAGUGACCUGGUGAGCCAUAACUACCCAGAGAUGCUCUACAUACCACAGGACUUUAACAUGCUGGAGGAUGAGGAGGGUUUCACAGACUGCCGCGAGCCGCCCCGUUCCGAUUUUGAGGAUGACCAGCUAGCCCGGCGCUUUGCGGAGCUGCCUGAUGCUCCUUACGACUCCGACUCUGGUGAAAGCCAAAGCAGCUCUGCACCUUUUCACGAGCUGGAAGACCCUAUUUUACUUCAGAGCUGAACCCCACUCACCACUGCCAAGCUUUGUGGCCCUAUAUCAGCUGGGCUGUCUUGCUUUUGUUUUUUAAAUACAUGAAACAAUGCAGUUUGCACAUAGUAUGAAAAUGAUGUUUACACAGAUGACCCCAAAUGUCACAUCGGGUAUGAUAACUGAUACUGGAGCUGGUUCUGUUGUUAAGGUUUUUAUUCAAAUCCCAGCUGUGUCAUGUCCCAUCUGGGGUUGAAGUAAAUUCACUUGGCAGGGUCCCUCUCUCCCCUGUGCUGCCCUUGUCAAUCAAGCUUUAGGGUGAUUACAAGAUUGUGAGUGACUGUGAGAGUUCCUAGCAUUUUUCAUUAAUGCACAUCAGCUAAGCCUUCUCCGAUUGUUGACGAUGAUGUGUAAUAGUUGAGAGACUUACUACAUUUUUAAAUUGACAAAAAUUUUUAAAUGGCUAUUUUGAGAAGACAAGAUGUUUACACUUGGGUGGUAUUGUUCCUUUUUAUCACGAGAAGACACUGUUUUACACAUUUAAACAUAUCCACACAAUAAAAAGAAACUGAUCAUUUUGUAAAUGAAAGGGGAUGAUUUUGUAAGUGAAGCUGCAGAGUGAGCUCAGGAUAAAGGAUUUAUGUGCUUAAGUCCUCCUUUGUCUUACAUUGUCAUCUGGAGGGAAGUUGUCAAAAGCCUUUUAAGUAAGAGAGAUACUUUUUGUAUUUGUACACAGUUAGUGGCUAAAAAUAAAGUAGUUUUGACUAGUUACUCAGAUUUAGCACUGUUAAAUCAUUUCAUGAUGGACUAGCUGCUGUUGAACACUGACAGUAGCUUGUACUAUAUUAAACAAGCAUCUUUGGUGUAGACUUUGCCAGUGAUAUCUGUAGCAUUUUGUGUGUACAAUAACAGUACUUAGAUUCUGUGUUCUUGGCUUGCUUAUGUGACACUGUGACUGUAACUGUUUUCUUAUGAAUCGCUUUACAUGGUACACAUCAGGCAAGGUCAUUAUAAUUCAGAAGAACAAUAUUGGAGAAGAGAGAAGGCAUGCUUUGGCCCUUUUGACCCACCACCAUACAAGUUCAUCUUGCUAGAAAUCUAGUUUAAUGGGUCGUGAGUCAGCCCAUGUCCAAUUCUUCUCACUUUGUGUUUGUGUUUUCAGUGGUUUAAAAACAUUGUGCUAAUAUUGUUCACAAGAUUGUUUUGUUUUUAAAGAAAACAACCCCCCCCCCCCCCCACAGCUAAAGCAGAUGGGGUUACUUUGUAAUAUGUAAUAAUAUAUUGUAAAGCUACUUUAGUGCUGAUUUGGCUUUGGAUCUUUGUAAAAGAUAAACGUCACUGAGAAUCUUAAAUGAUGGGCGGUAUGACCAAAAAUGCAUAUCACGGUAUGUUGCAAGAUUCUGACGCUUUCAUCUUAUAUCACUAUUUAUAUGUUUUUUGCAAUACCGGGCUUAAAUAUAGGUUUCUGACUUGCUGUUUAGGAGUACAUAUAAAAUCAAACAUUAGGGCUUUAAAUGAAAGCUUUGACAUUGCCAACAAUUUUAACACUGCUUCCUUUACAAAACUAAAUGUUUAAAAUGGUUCAAUAAACAAUGUAAUUCAACCUAAACUACUCAAUGUUUAGGUAUUCAAGAGAUAUUUCUUAAAUGCUCACAAGUUUAAUAUCAAUUUACAAUACAUUAGUAUUGAAGCUGUUAGAGGCAUUAAAGUAUUUAAGCAACUGUUUAUCACAAUUCCCUUGGUUCUCCAGUUAACAGAUAAAUUCAGUUCAGUGCGUAUUAAUAUUAUCCUUCAAGCUCUAGUAUUAAUAUAUUUAAAAGGGCUUUAGUUGCACAUAUUGCGAGGAGCAACAGCAGAAGCUCCAGAAGUUCUGUUCUCAUGUUUCUACAGAACGCUAGCUUGUUAUGCUAAUUGGAUAGCAUUACCUAGUGAGCUCUGUAAGUGUGCUUCUUUGGCGGCACUGUUCUACGCAACACUCCUUACCGCCUCUAGCGGUAUGGUGGUAUGUGAAAAAUGCAUACCCGUUCUUAUUUCCCCUCCUGUAUACCGGAUGAAUGGGUAUACUGCCCAGCACUAUGUUCUAAACAUUUUUUAUGCUUAAAUAAUUUGAGGACAAAUAAAAUAUUCACACUGACUAAAAACUAAUGUUUUUAUGCCAUUGAUAUUUGUAGCCUCAAUCCAUUAACUUCCUCAAAAUAAUUAUGCUGUUAUGCCUUCAAGAGUGGGUUUUUGGUUUAAUCCUUUGAAAACACCAAAGGGAGGAGCUGAAUCAGAUCCUUCUUAACCCUCUGGAACUUUGGCUCUACAUCGAGAACCAUAAUAUCUUUGGAGGUGGUUAAAUAGAUGUUGUGCCAAGACUUCUGUAAUCUUGUGAUCAAAAAAGGACCUAAAGCAGUGAAUAGACAUGAAGCUGGUGUCAUUAGGUUUUAAUUGUAACCUUCAGGGUGCUGUCCUUGACUGGAUGCACAUGUGGUGAAAGACACAGACUGGCUUACUGUCCUUUCUGCCAUGCCUUUACCGACUAUUAAUGAUGUUUUGUUACUUCCAGUGACAAUUUUCUAGAAGACUUAUACCAAUGUCUUAAGCUACUUAUAAUUUUGUUAUGUACUGUAUGACUGAUUUUACAUCUCAUUAAGCUUUCAGUAGGUCUUAGAUGCAUACAUCAAGUUUUAAUUGCUUAAAAAUAUUUAUGUACGGUUGGAGACCAUACUUAAAACCAACCUGUCAAAGUGGUGGUGUUUGCUUUUUUCCUGGAUGAUUAACUUCAAUGAGUGUUUUCUCAUGUAUACUAAAGUGUAAAUGUGCCAAGUGCUUUACACCCCCUUUGUAUAUCACUGUGAAAUAAUGGGCUGUUUCUUUCUCUGCAGGAGUUGCACUUGUUUAUGAACACUGUCUUUAGAGUCAUUUAAAAAGAGCUACUUGACUUUAUUCUUAUUUUUCACAAAAAUAGCAAUACCCCCAUAUUUUCAAGUGGUACGUUUGUUGCCACAGGACAAUUUCUGACCCAGCUGUUUCUCUGAGCUUAUGACAAUGCAUACAGUAUACACCCAAGAUUGUAUAGCUCUUAAUAAUCCUUCAAAAGAGAGUGUUUAAUCUUUAAAAGCUUUGUUAGAGCAGAUGCAUAUAUUGCUCCAGCCUGACGUGCUUCUGAAAGACGAAAUCAGUUUUGAGAGUGCCAAAAAUACCAGCGCUUUGUUGAGUUUGAGUCCAGUUGUUGGAGGACAGUAGUGAAAGCACUGAAAUGCUUGUUGGCUUGUUUGUUAUAUUGAAUCGGUUUGAGAAAUCCUUUAGGUGCCUUUUAGCCCAAACUGUAUUUUUGAAUCUGAAAAAAGAAUGAGAGCAAGAAGAAAUGUGGUUGUGUUUGUUGUUUGCUGCUUAAGGAUGGACAAGUCUUGAAAUGUUCUUAAUUAAACCAAACUGAACUUUUUGAAGAAAAGGCUGGCCUUUAACCAGCUGGUGAUAAUUAAUGUCACUAAAUACUGUCAGCCACUUUAUUCAUAUUAGCAAUAGUAUUUAUAGUCGCUGUGUUCUAUGUAUAUUUAGUUGAUGAGAAACUUUUAUUGUGCUUUACUUGAUGUGUUAAUGACUUAGUCUGCCUUGUCUUCCCAUGACCCUAAUCCACUGUGUGCAUGAAUAGUUUCUCUUCAUUGUUUGACUUCAAGAUAGUUGGUGUGAGUUGUUGUACGUUGCUCCUUUUAUAAUUAAAUGUUAAUGUUGGCUAUAGAUGCAAAAAAAAACAGAUAAAAAAUAAAACAUUGUGUUUUA